UAGAGGGCGAGAGACAAUCAAACUAUUCCACCGUGUCCCUUUUGCCCGAUCCAUCGCCUCGCCACAGAACCUCUGUCUGUAACUCUGUAUAGUGCAUAUAUAAACAGCCUCCAAGCCGUGGAAACACGGAGGGAGAUACGGCGUUCCGAUGGAGGCGACAGGAGGAGGCAGCGGACGACCGGCCAUGUCCGGACUUCUCUUCUUCCUCUUCCUCUUCUCCUUCCUCACUGCCUCAGCCUCUACCAAGCAAGGCCAGGUCUAUAUAGUGUAUCUGGGCGAGCACGCAGGAGAGAAGUCGAAGGAAACUGUCCUUGAUGAUCACCAUGCCCUCCUCCUCUCCGUCAAGGGCAGCGAGGAGGAGGCGCGGGCGUCGCUGCUGUACAGCUACAAGCACAGCCUGAAUGGCUUCGCGGCUCUUCUCUCCGAUGAUGAAGCCACAAAGCUUUCAGAGAGGACUGAGGUGGUGUCUACCUUUCGGAGCGACGGGAGGUGGUCCCCACACACCACGAGGUCUUGGGAGUUUGUGGGCUUGGAGGAAGGGUUCCGAGGCCUGGACAGCGGGGACUGGCUGCCGUCCGGCGCUCACGCCGGCGAGAAUGUCAUCGUAGGCAUGCUGGACUCCGGGAUUUGGCCGGAGUCGAGGAGCUUCGGCGACGAAGGGCUAGGGCCAGUGCCCGCGCGGUGGAAGGGAGUGUGUCAAGGAGGAGAUUCCUUCAAUGCCUCCUCCUGCAACAGGAAGGUGAUCGGCGCGCGGUACUACCUCAAGGCCUACGAGACCCACCACGGCAGGCUGAACGCCACGAACGCGUACCGCUCGCCGCGCGACCACGACGGCCACGGCACCCACACCGCGUCCACCGUCGCGGGCCGGGCCGUGCCGGGCGUGGCGGCGCUCGGGGGGUUCGCGGCCGGCGCGGCCUCGGGCGGGGCGCCGCUCGCCCGCCUCGCCAUCUACAAGGUCUGCUGGCCCAUCCCGGGGCCCAACCCAAACAUCGAGAACACAUGCUUCGACGCCGACAUGCUCGCCGCCAUGGACGACGCGGUCGGCGACGGCGUCGACGUGAUGAGCGUCUCCAUCGGGUCCUCCGGGAAGCCUCCACGGCUGCCGGACGACGGCAUCGCCGUCGGCGCGCUGCACGCAGCCAGGCACGGCGUGGUCGUCGUGUGCAGCGGCGGGAACUCUGGCCCCGCGCCGGCCACCGUGUCCAACCUUGCGCCGUGGAUACUCACGGUCGGCGCCAGCAGCAUCGACCGCUCUUUCAACUCGCCCAUCAGGCUUGGCAAUGGCAUGGUGAUCAUGGGUCAAACGGUAACGCCGUAUCAACUGCCGGCGAACCGGACGUAUCCAAUGGUUUAUGCAGCACACGCCGUGGUUCCUGGCACUCCCGCCAACGUUACCAACCAAUGCCUGCCGAACUCGCUCUCGCCAAAGAAGGUGCGAGGCAAAAUCGUGGUGUGCUUGAGGGGGAGCGGGCUGAGGGUGGGCAAAGGCCUGGAGGUGAAGCGGGCGGGCGGCGCCGCGAUUGUGCUCGGCAACCCGCCGAUGUACGGCAGCGAGGUGCCCGUCGACGCGCACGUGCUCCCGGGAACGGCAGUCUCCAUGGCCGACGUCAACACCAUCCUCAAGUACAUCAACUCCAGCGCGAACCCAACCGCUUACCUGGAGCGGUCGAGGACAGUCGUGGACGUCAAGCCGUCGCCGGUGAUGGCGCAGUUCUCGUCGCGUGGCCCCAACGUCCUUGAGCCCAGCAUUCUCAAGCCUGACGUUACGGCACCGGGCCUGAACAUCCUGGCGGCGUGGAGCGAGGCGUCGUCGCCCACGAAGCUCGACGGCGACAAUCGCGUGGUGAAGUACAACAUCAUGUCCGGGACAUCCAUGUCGUGCCCCCACGUCUCCGCCACCGCCGUCCUCCUCAAGUCUGCCCACCCCGACUGGAGCGCCGCCGCAAUCCGAUCCGCCAUCAUGACCACCGCAACGGCUAACAACGCGGAAGGCGGCCCAAUAAUGAACGGGGACGGAACGGUGGCGGGGCCCAUGGACUACGGCUCGGGCCACAUCCGGCCCAGGCACGCGCUGGACCCGGGCCUGGUGUACGACGCGUCCUUCCAGGACUACCUCAUCUUCGCGUGCGCUAGCGGCGGCGCGCAGCUCGACCACUCGUUCCCGUGCCCGGCGAGCACGCCGCGCCCAUACGAGCUCAACUACCCUUCCGUCGCCAUCCACGGCCUCAACAGGUCCGCCACCGUGCGCCGGACGGUGACCAACGUCGGCCAGCACGAGGCUCGUUACACCGUCGCCGUGGUUGAGCCCGCGGGCUUCUCCGUGAAGGUCUCGCCGACGAGCCUCGCCUUCGCGCGCACCGGAGAGAAGAAGACCUUCGCGAUAAGGAUCGAAGCGACGGGGAAGAGAGGUCGGCGUCUGGACCGGAAAUAUCCUGCUGGCUCGUACACGUGGAGCGACGGCGUCCAUGUCGUGAGGAGCCCCGUUGUUGUCCUCGUCGGGUGAUCAUUCAUUCUUGGCCUUGCUGGCGAGCGACCACGUAAAUUUGAAAGAAAUAGAUGAACACGUGCUACUCCACAUGGGAACCGGUAUGCAUUGCUUGGAACAGGUGUAUAUUGUACCUUGGAGCGUGUUUGGCUGCAUUGCAUAGCCUUCUCAACUCAGCGUGGUUGAGCAAAAGCAGCCUUAACUGCAUCAUCUGCAAGUUGUUUGGUUGCGUGCA